AUGGAUAUACAACCGUGUGGUACAAAUGAGUCGAUUGCGUAUUACAUCGCUAAAUACGUGUCAAAAUCAGAACCUACAAACCUAGAUGGUGAAGUAUCUCGAGCUAUUCAACAAAUUAGAAGAGAAGAAACUGACGUCUCGCGUAAGCUGUUUAAAAUAUGCAUGCGCAUAUUAAGAGAACGUCAAGUUUCAGCCUGCGAAUGCGUAUUCAGGCUAUGCCAUUUGAGUAUGCGUGACAGCUCGAGAAAAACAAUUUUUGUCAAUACUCGUAAAGCGGAACAAAGGUAUAAAGUGUUGAAGUUUAAUGAAGCUGGUCAAGCAGCAGGAUAUUGUGCCAAUAUUUUCGAACGAUAUGAAAAGCGACCAGCAGAGCAUCCCAACAAUAAUUUUAACAAUAUGUGUCUCAUAGAAUUUGCGAUGUUAUUUGAGCCACACUACACAAAACCGCCAGUUAUAAAUGAAGAGAGCAUCGAUACCGAUGCUUAUGCACCGCACGAGCAAACAACAAGAAGGCGUCUUAUAACUUUAACAGACAACACCAAAAUGACUAUUAGAAACACGCCAGCUGUAGUACGGGUACCUAACUUCGUAGCAGCUUCUGAUCCAGAGUCAUAUUAUUACAGUUUACUAAUCCAGUAUAUGCCGUAUCGCAAUGAGGCCGAACUUUUAGGAGAAUUUAAUGUGCCAGAUGCGUUUCUCGCCAACGAAGAAAGUUUAAGACAAACAUACGCCUACUUGGAAAUAUAUCGUGAACGUGACAGGCAGCUUGAAAAUGCAUUCGCGCAAGUACACGCAUUUCAGAUACUGGAACACGCAGAGCCGAUGGAACUAGACCAUGAAGAAGAAGUUCCUUAUUUGCCAAUGAAUGAAGACCAGUUCUUACAGGCUAAGCAGUCUAUGAAUGCAGGACAAAAGGAAAUUUUUACAUUAGUUACCCAGUCCAUAUAA